UAAAGGGAUGGGGAGAACUAGGGGAUGAUAACCCUUAAAGAAUAAAACUGUACUGUUUUUGCAUAGUGUUCCUUAAUUUUAUUAAGUUUCUUAAUUUAUUUAAAAGAGGAGGGACAACACUUGAUGCACCACUCAUCAACAUACUAUUUCUCUGUAGAACCUGGGAAGGCCUUUGUAGAUGUAUACAGGCUGAUGGAGGUGGUGCCUGUCUUACACUUUAUUCAAAACUUGGCCAAGCCUUUUAUAAAUCUGAACCACCAUGGUCUAGGACUCAAAGGUGUCAAAGUCACUGUUAGUGUUAUGGUGUCCAACACAACCACCACCCAUUUAGAGUUAGAAGAAAAGUGCAUUUUGGUAGGAGCCAUAUGCAUAGCAGAGAUGCUAUGAGAGAAUUCCUCCCUUCAAGAACUGUUCUUAUCCUCCCUUCUUUCCUUCCAAAACAUCUCUUAUAACUGCCUAGACACAUCAGGAGCUGAAUCCAUUGCCAGUUUGCUUUUGGAUAACGUGUCCUACCUCAAUGGUCUUCAGCUCUCAGGAAACAACUUCGGAGAGGAGACUGGCAAUGACCAAGUGAAGGGGCUGAACCUUAGCCACGAGGAGUCCUCUGAGAAAGGAGGACAGCUCCUGGGAUAGAUGCUUGAAGCAAGAUUUCCUUACUUCCGCCCCAGCAGUGAGAAUGAAUUGGUGAAUGAAACUUUCAUCAAGUUGCAGGAUUUGGUGUGUCAAGUGCGUCCUGAACUAGAUGUCAUCUACAGUGAGGUUGAAGGCUGUAUCAUCAAGAUCCAACAGUAUCCAAAUCCCAUGGAAGUUAUUCACAACUAUUUGAAAGAGCACAACCUACAACUCUGAGACUUUUUUAGGAUUAUUAAUGAGAAUGGAAACAUGAAGAUUCCUGUGGCAGCCUUCUGGAAAGCCAUGAUGCAGGUGUCAACCCUAACCCUAACCCAAUCCCCACUGGAUUGAGUCCAAAUUGGGGAACCAGUGCACAAUCUAGAACGGAAUCAGACAGCAGUUGUGGAUUAUAGUCACAUAGAAAAUCAGAAACCAGCACAGAAGCUUGUGGAAGGGGAAAUCGAGGAGGAAAAGAAGGAAAAGCCAUAA